AUGAUUGGACCUGUUGAUGGGGAAGAGAGCCCCAAAUGCUAUGUUCCGGGCGGCCUACACCCCGUACACCUUGACGACGAGUACCACCACGGUCGAUACCGGGUCCUCCGCAAAUUAGGCCAUGGCCGCUAUUCCACUGUCUGGCUAGUACGUGAUCAAGAGAAGAGCAUCUAUCAAGCACUCAAGAUCCUAAGCGCGGAGUGCUACAGCCCUAGUUCGUCGCAGCAGUUCUUCGAGCUGGCGAUCCUACAGCACCUGAGCAUUGCUCGUCCUUCGCACCCAGGAUUUCACUCUGUAUUGCAGCUCCGCGAUCACUUCGAGUUGACUGGACCAAAUGGCACGCACGUAUGCCUCGUGCUCGAUCCCAUGGGCGAGUCGCUCAGCAGCUUCCCAACCUUUUGGGAUCCAGCCAUUAUACCGCCGCCGAUUGCGAAGCGCUUUACGCGCCAGCUGCUGUGGGCGCUCGACUAUGCGCAUGACGCAGGCGUGGUCCAUACUGACAUCAAGCCAGACAAUAUCAUGGUCCAAAUCAGAGAUAUGUCCAUCAUCGAUCACUACCUCGCUGAGAAUCCCGUGGAACCCAUGUUGCUGAACGACCCGGCCAUAUUGCCCUGCAGUAUCGCAUCACAGGAUCUCGGCAGCUACCAUCUUACAGGCGACGCGUCGGACCUUGACAUCUGUCUAGGUGACUGGGGCGCCGCGAGUUGGUCACACCAGCAUCUGACGCCACUAAUCCAGCCUGUACUCCUGCGCGCUCCCGAGGUAGUUAUCUUCGCGCCCUGGGGGCCACCCGUCGACAUCUGGAAUAUGGGUGCCGCGGUCCUAGAACUGGUGGACGGCGUACACAUGUUCGAUGCGCGCAAUGGACGUACAGGUAUAUAUGAUGUGAAGAAGCAUGUCGAGGAGAUGGUCCGCUUGUUUGGGCCAUUUCCUCGGAGCCUGCUUGACCAAGCACGCCAAGAUAUUGUUGCACGCUGCUUUCAUGAGGAUGGCAGCGUCAUUGACCCUGAGAGGAAGGGGACUGCACAACUUGAGAACUGGGUUCAACAUCUUGACGGUGAGGAGAAGGUGGCGUUUGUUGCAUUCUUAAGGGUGGUGAUGGCCAUUGAUCCCGAGAAGCGGAGGACAGCAGUAGAGCUUAUAGAUGAGCCGUGGCUAUUAGUAUGGCAAUAA